GGUUGGUGAUAAAAAUCAAGAGGGUUUGCAAGUGCUCAACAGAGAGUAGAAGCUGCAAGGGAAGGCCUCAGUGGAAGUCAAAGAGAUGAUGGUGAGUGUGUUUCCUGCAGCGUCCAGAGCAAAUGCAAAGUUCUAAAAUUGGUCUGGGUUCAGAAGGACGUCAGAUCCCUCAGAUCAAACCCAUGGUGGAGGUGGAUUAUCCAUCCACCCAAGGCCAAGACUGCCUGAAUUCCCCUCUCACAUUGCUGAGACAUGCAACUUGUGGAGAGAUUCUUCAGAUGAGUCUGACUUCUGUGGUUUCCUGGAGUCUGGUGUCAGGCUAUAAAACCUUGCUGGGAGCAGGACGAGACCCCAGAUGCAGCCCCAGCUCUGAGGCACCACUGGAGCUGUGAUGGAGCUCCUGCAGACUCUGCUGCUGCCCCUCCUGCUGCUGAUGUGCCCCCCAGCCAGCACUGCCCCAUCCAUUGCAGAGCAUCCCUGGAAGUGGAGGGAAAGAGGAGGAGAAGCCAAGGCAGCCUCCAGGACCCACCCCACGCCCUACGUGGCCUAUCUGCAGGGCAAGGACAACCAUUCCUGUGCAGGCCUCCUCGUGGCCCCUGGCUGGGUGAUGACAGCUGCUCAGUGCCUCAUGCACAAACCUCUGACUGUCAUCCUGGGAGCACACACACUCCAAAGCAGAGAGGAAAGCUGGCAAACCUUCCAGGUCAAGGAGUACCACAGCCACCCAGAUUUUAAGAUUUUAAGCCCUAAGAAGGGAAAUGACAUCCUUUUGCUGAAGCUGAAUGGCAAUGCCACAAGCAAUGACCACGUCAGGCCCAUCUCCCUGGAGAGAUCCCAAAAAAUCAUUGGUGGGACUGAGUGCAGCGUGUUCAGCUGGAGCCGCGGGAGGGACACGGUCACCUUGCGUGAGGCCACUGUCUCCCUCAUCAGGAGACCAAACUGCCUCGUGUACUACCCAGGAUUGCCUGAAAAGAUAAUCUGUGGCAAAAGCAAAUCGUCUGAGAUACCUGAAAAGGAUGGUGCUGGGGAUCCACUGGUCUGCAAGAACAAAGCCUAUGGCAUCUUCUCCUACAAGUACCAGUCGUCUGGCUUCUACACACAGGUUGCUUAUUUCUUCUCCUGGGUCAACAGUGUCCUGAAGUCAGCGUGACCCUGCUCCCCCUGCAGCUGCUGCCCUGGGGAACUCACCCUCCAGAGCCCCAGUCCUCAGCUUUCUUUUCCUUUCUCCCUGGGAAACAUCUUGCACUGGUCCUCGUGGAUGUGGCCAGGACUUCUCUGUGGCCAAGCCGAGCUCUGCCCGUGGUGGGGCCGGCACAGAGGUUGUGUCUUGGCCGUGUUUGUCCCCUCUGCACACUGGGGAGUGCCUGCACCCCCUCACUGCUGCCCUGAUUUAACCCUUUGUGGCUCCAGCUCCGGAGAGCAGGACAGCCCUAGAGAGGUGCCAGUAGCUGGGGAAUGUCUGUAACCCCCAGGGGAAAGCUGCACCACGAGAUGAGAGGGAUCCAAAGAGCAGCCUCCUCCCCAUCUGUCGUUUGUCACACCUCAUGUCUGGUUGUCCUUUGCCCAAGCCCUGAGGCUACAGCGCUGCCCAAGCUCCAAGGACACUUCCAGUUCCUGCUGUCCCCUACCUCUGAAACCUGCUGCCUCCUUUCUCCCUGCUUCUGUAUCUCCACUGUUGUCAGAACACAUAAAAACAAUAAAUCUCAUCAGCAUUUGU